AUGGAACUCUACAUCCCCCCACCCGCAGCCUACCUCCCCCGCCUCCCACCCCCGCGCCCCCUCCUCCCAAGCGUCCCCGUCGUCCCCGCACCCGAUCUCCCAGAUGUCCUGCACGCCCCCGAGGGUCCUUACACUCUCGCAAAGGGGACGUUCCCCGAAGUCGAAGUGCCCGGUCCUCUGCCGAACGAUGUCCCUCGUCCGGGUGCAGUCCCAGCCGGAGCAGCGAUGUACGGCGCAGGCGGCUUCGGGAUGGCGGGGCCAAGCUUCGUGCCCAUGCCCCCGCUGAGCAGCCCCAACGUCUUCGCCGUCAGCUCCGGCUCGACGCUCGUCAACGGGCAGUGGCAGCCAGGGCAUCCGUGCCGCCUCGUCUUCGCCGAUGUGUGGUAUCCCGGGCGCGUGGCGGGCAAGGAGAGCAGCUUUGGCGCGCUCGUCCGCCUCGGUCUGGGCAAGAAGGCUGCGCAGCCCGACGCCGCGCAGGCGCCCGACGAAGCGCCGCCGCUGUACGACGAAGAGUUCUCCGACACCGAGAGCGAGGCCGACAGCGACUACCGGCCUGCACCCACGUCGGCUAACCAGGGAAACCAGGGGCCGGAGACGCAUGCGCAGCCGCCCCGCAAGUUCGGCAAGGACAGGAAGGUGCGCAAGGAGGGCAAGACGCUCAGCGCGAGCCGUGGGGGCAUCAUCACCCGCGUGUCGCCAAACCUCAACCUCGGGAGUAUCAUGGACGACAAGGGCAAGAACGGCGGCGAGCGUGUGCGCUGGGCGUUCUGGAACAUGGGCCGCCUGUUCGUGUGGGCUGAAGAGGGCGGGGUUGCUGAUAACCUCGCGACGGUCGUGUUUCAGCAGCCGCCGACGGCACAUGCGAUAUCGCAACUCACCGUCGGGCCGGAUAGGCAGGACAUAGUUGUCGGUCUUGAGACCGGCGACCUGGUGUAUCUUGACUUUAUCAACGACCGCACUGAGCGGUUCAACGUCGCGGGCAAGGUGAUCAAGAGUGCGGUGGCCUCGGUGCACUUCGACCCGCGCGGCGGCGACCGCUUCACCGUGUUGUUCGCCGACAACACGAUCGCGCAGUACCAUCUGUUCGCGGAGGAUCCGAACGAGGCGGCGCUGGCCGUGAUCACGGCGGUGCCGCGGCCGUGGGUGACGGCGUGGGAGACCGCCGAAGCGGAGGAGGCGGUGAAUGCGGCGCAAGACCGGGAGCGGGAGGCGCGGGAGCGCGAGACGAACGGGAACGGGAACGGGACGGCGAUGGAGCGGCGCACGAGCGGCGUCGAGCGCCGCGGCUCGGUCGGGCUCGAGAAGCCCAUCGCCGACCGCCGUCCAUACCUCGACCGCGUGAUCGAGUGGAAGAACGACGAGUGGAACCACCCAGUCGAGCAGGAGCGGCGGGGCGAGCCGAUCCGCCAGCCGUGGGCCGGCCGAAACCCCUUGAGCGUCGGGCGUCUCGGCGCGGGCGCGCCGAUCACUGCAAUGGCAUACUCGCCCGACGGGCGCUGGCUGGCGAUCACGACGAAAGACGGCCUCCUGCGCCUGCUCGAGACGGAGGAGAACCGCGUGACGGACGUCUUCGAGAGCUACUUUGCGGCCCUGACAUGCGUGGCGUGGAGCUCGGACUCGCGCUUCGUCGCCGUCGGCGGACAAGACGACCUCGUGACGAUAUACUCGCCGCGCGAGUCGCGCCUCGUCGCCCGCUGCCAAGGCCAUACCGGCUUCGUGACGUGCAUCGCGUUCGACCCGACCAUGCGCUCUUCGGGGCGCGGAUACCGCUUCGGCUCGGUCGGCGAGGACGGCAAGCUGUUGCUGUGGGACUUCUCUGCCGCCGCACUCCGCAAGCCUCGGCACCACCACAGCAGCAGCGGCCGCUUUGGCGCGGGCCCGGGGAGCAGCGCGAGCCUCACGCUGUUCAGUCCUGCUGGCGCGCAUUACCAUGCGGCGCCGCCGAAGACCGAGGUCGCACUUCUCCAGCCUGUGCUUGCGCGUGUUGUGGAGGGAAACCUUAUGACAUCGCUGCAUAUGGGCCCGAAGAGCGUUGCGACCGUCAGUCGCUCAGGCAGCAUAAAGUUCUGGACGCGGCCACCACGGGCACCGCGCAAGCGCUCCGAGAAGAAGCGCGAGCAUUAGACUGUAUCGUUGUGACCUGUUGCGUAGACUGUGGGCCGUGCUGCCAUGCUACUCUAGGUGAUGCAGACCUCUACUAUCCUCUAC